AUUACUCAGUAUUUUCUUUUUUAAAAGGUAAUGUUAUGUCUUUCAAAAAAAUAAAUAAAUAAAAUAAUGUAAUGAUUCUUACAGAUUGUACUCCGUAAUAAACAACACAAAAAUUCCUCAUCCAAAAACACCGACACUCUUCCCAACACACUUUCUCUCCUCUCUUCUCUGUCCUAGGGUUCCUAAUUCAUCUUCAAAAAUCCCCAAUUUUCUCAAUUUGCCGCCAUUAAUGGCUUCCCUAAUUCCUUGAAUUUCCGCCAUUAAUUUCCAAAAAUGUUAGAGAAGUGCUUAGGAGUUCGCAAAGCUAGGCAGCUCUACAGAUUCUUCCGCCAUUGCAAUGUCACCUUCCUCUGCCUUCUUCUCACCAUCAUCGUUCUUCGCGGCACAAUUGGGGCCGGAAAAUUCGGAACUCCAGAGCAAGAUUUCAUCGAAAUUCGCAACCAUUUCUCAUCUCGUAAGCUUGCUGAACCUCAUCAUCUUCUUGAAGAGGUAAAAUCAUCGUCUUCUUCGAAUUCGAAUUCGUUUAAUUACGCUAAUUUUGUUUACAAGAAGUUUUAUUAUGAUGAUGAUAAUGGUGUUGAUGUUGAAUUAUCUUCGUCUUCUGGAUUAUUGCCUUAUAAAUUGGGUCCUAAGGUUGUUAAUUGGGAUGGGAGGAGAGAGAACUGGUUGAAAAAACACCCUGAAAUGCCCAAUUUUAUUGGGGAGAAGAAGAAACCUAGGGUUUUGUUAGUAACUGGUUCGUCUCCAAAACCAUGUGAGAGUCCUGUAGGUGAUUAUUACUUGUUGAAGUCGAUAAAGAAUAAGAUUGAUUAUUGUAGAUUACAUGGAAUUGAGAUAUUCUAUAAUCUGGCAUUGUUGGAUGCUGAAAUGUCCGGGUUUUGGUCGAAAUUGCCGUUGAUUAGGACUCUGUUGUUGGGAAACCCCGAAAUCGAGUUUCUUUGGUGGAUGGAUAGUGAUGCUAUGUUUACUGAUAUGGAAUUUGAGUUGCCAUGGGAGAGGUAUGAGGGUUAUAAUUUGAUUAUGCAUGGUUGGAAGGAGAUGGUUUUCGAACAGAAGAAUUGGAUUGGGUUGAACACUGGAAGUUUUUUGAUUCGAAAUUGUCAAUGGUCGUUGGACCUUCUUGACGCGUGGGCUCCAAUGGGGCCGAAGGGGAAGACAAGGGUUGAGGCGGGGGAUGUUCUUACUCAGGAGUUGAAGGAUCGACCUCCAUUUGAAGCGGAUGAUCAAUCUGCUAUGGUUUAUUUGUUGGCAAAGAAUAAGGAGAAGUGGGGGGAGAAUGUUUAUUUGGAGAAUUCGUAUUACUUGCACGGUUAUUGGGGGAUUUUGGUUGAUAAAUAUGAAGAGAUGCUUGAGAAUCAUCAUCCGGGUUUAGGUGAUGAUAGGUGGCCGUUGGUGACUCAUUUCGUGGGUUGUAAGCCUUGUGGAGUGAUUAGUGAUUAUCCUGUGGAAAGAUGUUUGCAACAUAUGGAGAGAGCGUUCAAUUUUGGGGAUAACCAGGUCUUGAAAAUGUAUGGAUUUUCUCAUGUGUCACUUGCUAGCAGGAGAGUUAAGAAAAAACGAGAUCAGACACUGAAACUGGACGAGGUUAAAGAUAAGCAGGGGAUUCAGGCAAUGAAGGCAUCAUGAUCUUGAGCUGGCUGGUCAUCCCUCUCUCUCAUCUGUGAUCUCUCAGCUCUUAUUUCAUGCGUUUGUGUACGACAUCAUAGGUUUUGUAUGAGAGUUUGUGUAUGUGCUUGUUAGGAUUGUACAUAAUAUUCUUUUGUUCCUUUUUAGGAAACUAUACUCGUACCACUUGAAAGAGAUAAGUACCAUAUUUUUUUGGUUCUCUUCUCAGCUGUUGUUGCUUGAUAAAUAUCUUGUGAAUUCGAUGUAUUAACACUGAUCUUGUCGGUGUUUGUUACCGGGAAUCUGAGUAUAUAAUCCAUGUUUAGCUUCUUUCAGAAAUCUAA